AUGGAUGAAAAGCACAGGUUUGAUGAAGAUGUAGAGGAGAUCGAAGCCGAUCUCGAAAAAAACAUCUUUAUGUUUGUUGAUUGGAGGAAGGACUGGUUUAUAUUCUUACGUGGGACAAUCUAUAUGUGUACAUCAGCCGUGAGCACUCCGUUAAAUACAUGGAUCUACGGUAAUAUAAUGGGUGCGCUACUGGACUAUUAUCUUGGAGAAUUUGAGUCAUAUGACCAAUUCAUCAAGCAAUGUUUGAUAUUAUGUGGAGGACUCAUGAUUGUUGGUGUAGGGAAGAUGGUUUUUGUCACGUUGGGUAUUUCCACAUGGAUGAAGUUUGGUGAAAUUCAACAACUGAGAGCUAGGAGACAAGUAUUUAGCAAAAUUUUGAACCAAAAUACCAAAUUUUAUGAUUUAAAUCCAAAUAUAAUGGGAGAGUUGACUCAAGUAAAUAGAUGCAUUGAAGAAUUGCGUUCAGGUACUUCAGAGAUUAUUGGAGAAACGAUACAAACGGCGGCGUUAAUUUUAGGAUUAACGGUUAUUUCUUUUAUUCAAUCGUGGGCGAUCGCUUUGAUUAUAUUGGCUUCUGCACCAGUGAUGGCUGCCUUUGCGUGGUAUUUUGGAAGGUUGAGUUGUGUGAAUCAAGAAGACGAAAAUGAAAAAUCUUCAAAGGCAAGCAAAAUCAUGGAUUGGUGUUUAGUAUCGCCAAUGAGUGUAAGAGCGUUCAACGGGAAAUAUAUCGAGCUUGUAAAGUUUAACAGGUUUGUCUCCGAGUCUGCACGAGCCUACUAUGGGGUAGCCAAUGCUGUAUCUGCGAAUUCUGGAGUAUUAAAGUUUUUAACCUUGAUGAUGUUUGUUCAGGGGUUUUGGUUUGGUAAUUUCUUAUUAACAAAUGGUAAAGUUACAAUCAAUCAGGUAUUUACUUGCUUUAGUUCGUGUUUAAUGUUGGGCCAGUCUAUUUCCGAGAUAAGUCAAUUGAUGGCCGUGAUGAACACAGCACAUGCAGCUGCUGGAAGAAUAUCAACAUACUUGAACAAGUCCUCUGAAAAGAAUUGUGAGGAAAAAAAACACCAGUGUUUUCCUUUGUCUUGUUUCGGAAAAAUUUCAUUUAUCAAUGUUAGGUUCAAGUAUCCUGCAAGGGAUAAUUUGGUCUUGAAUGAUGUAUCAUUCAAGUUUUUACCCAAUAAAAUGAAUUAUUUAGUUGGUACUUCCGGAUCUGGAAAAUCAACAAUUCCCUUACUUUUAAUGAAAUUGUACGCAUCUUCUGGCUACAUCACAAUUGAUGGUAUUGACAUUGAGCUACUUGACCCAAGCUGGAUAUCUCAAAAUAUAACUUUAGUGCAACAGACGCCUAUAGUAUUUGAAGGGACGAUUCGUGAGAAUGUCGCUCUUGCAGUUAUUGAUGAGUACGAGUCACUCGAAUGUGUUCCUUUAAAAAUGAUAAGAGAUGCUGCCGAAUUUGCCUUGUUGGAUUUGGAUUUAGAUCAGCAGAUUACGUCAUCAUCGCUAUCUGGUGGACAGCGACAGAGGCUAGCUAUUGCCAGAGCGAAAUUGAAAGAUUCGCCAGUUUUAAUUUUGGAUGAAGCUUUUAGUGCCUUGGAUGAAGAAACCAAACAACAAUUGAUAAAAAGAGUCCAUAGCUGGAGACGAGGACGAACUACAAUAGUAAUCACCCACGAAUACAAUCACAUCGAGACGGAUGAUAAUGUUGUUGUAAUGGAGAACGGACGAGUUAUAGAGCAAGGUAGAUUUAGAAACCUUCGAAACAGUUUGUUUUUCACCAGUGAGAGUUUGAAAAAAAGAUACAAGUCAGCAGCAGCAGCAGCAGAGGCAUCUACUCACGAAAAGAAGAGAUGUAGUAUAGAGGUUGAAGAAAUGCUGAUAGAAUCCAAUACAGAUACAGAUAUUGAAGCCCAAGUUCAGGAGUCAGAACACUUAAUGGGGGUGUUGGCUAUUCUCAAAUACUGCAGCGAAACAAUUGAUGCAAAGGCAAUUAUUAUUCUCGGGGUAAUCUUAUCAAUACUAGAAGGCGGAGCUUCACCAGUAUUUUCAUUUUGCUUCUCAAAGUUGCUAUCAACUACGCUUGAUGCGUCGAUUGGGAAAAACAUCGACAAAGCAAUUAUUCAAUGGUCAUCUGUUUCCAUUGCUGUUGCCCUUUUCGUUGGUAUGACUGCCUAUGCAUCAAAGUUUUGUUUGUCUUAUGCUAGCGAGAGGUGGGUAAUCUCUUUGAGAAAGUUGUCUUUGCAAAGGAUUAAUGGUCAAGAUAUGUCCUUUUUUGAAAACAUAAAACCAGCACAGAUUACUACCUUGUUGAUGAAUGAUACUCGAGACUUGAGAAACUUGGUAAGCUCAUUUCUUUCUGUUGCGGUGAAUCUUUUUGUAAUGGUACUUUUAGGAAUCAUAUGGGCGAUUGUUUCUGGCUGGAAGCUUGCGUUGGUUGGAAUCUCAUUCGUUCCACUUAUUUUCCUAAUUACAGCUGCUUAUGGAAGAGUUUUGGAGUCCGCGGAGAAUAGAUACAAAACUAGUGUUGCUACUCUUGAAACACUUUUUCAUCAAACAGUGACAUCUAUUAAAACAAUAAAAUUAUUCUACAUGAACAAGCAUUUUUAUGACAAAUUUGAAAAAGAUAUGAGGGACUUGCAUUGUCAAGGAACUUACAGAGCUAUCCAAACUGGCAUCGGACUUGCUAUUAACGAGUUGAUCACUGCAAUAGCCACGGGGGUAAUUUUAUACUUUGGCAUGGAGUUAGCGGGAACUUACAAAUAUAAUCAUGAGCAGCUCCUACAAGUUAUAACAUUGUUAACUUUCACCUUGACAAAUGCAUCUAGCUUGAUCCAUCAGCUACCAGAGAUCACUAGAGGACAAAGGGCGGGCACCUUUAUUGUCAAAUUGCUUGAAGACAUUCCAUUUUCGAGAAUUGAAAAUGACGGAGAGAUAAUACCUCGAAUUAAGAAUCCUGUUUUGUGUUUUGAAAACGUUUCAUUUGGAUAUGGAUAUCAAAGCGUACUUGAUAACGUCACGUUUUGUAUUGAAAAAAAUCAAUUGAUAGGGUUGGUUGGAAAGUCUGGAACUGGAAAGUCAACUAUAUCGUUUUUAAUUCUUCGUCUUUUAAAGCCAGAUACUGGUUCUAUACAAAUUUACAACAAGGACGUUUCAAACGUUAACAUCGAUUGGCUUCGAGAAACAAUUAGUAUAGUACCCCAAUUCCCAAAGUUUUUUGAAGGAACCAUAUUGGAAAACCUCAUCUACGGUAUCAGUCCCAUAAAACAAAUAUCUAUGGAGGAGUUAAACAAACACCUUGUGCACUGUGGAAUGUAUGACUUUGUUGUAUCUCUUCCGGAAGGUAUACAUACUCGAAUUGGAGAAGGUGCCAAUACGUUACUUUCUGGAGGACAAUUACAAAGGUUGUCGAUAGUUCGGGCUUUGCUAAGGCGUCCUAAGAUCUUGAUAUUUGAUGAGUGUACUUCAAACUUGGAUCCAACGAACGCUACACUAAUCAUGGAAUUGAUUAUGAGCUUGAAACAUCAGUACACCAUUCUCUGUAUCACUCAUGACGAGAAACUAAUGCAACACGUUGACAGAGUAAUCGAAUUAAACAGAGGUUCAGCGAUUGAAAGAAUAUAA